GUCUAGCAUCGUUGGUCUAGUGGUAGAAUUCGUCGUUGCCAUCGACGAGGCCCGUGUUCGAUUCACGGACGAUGCAACUUUUUUUUAAACUUUUUAAACAAACUUUUUAAAGUUACGGUCGAAAUAGCAUGACCUGCUAUGUAUUACGGGCUCAACAUUCAAUCAGCUUAUGAGACUCAAAAGUUGGUGCGUCGACCGUGGCGAACGGAUGUUCUCGCCUUCAGCACAUUGUCUAUCGUCUCAAUCACAUUCUACACUGUGGAAGCUUGUCUCAUGCGAACUUGGCAACACUGAAGACCGUGGCCUCUCGUUGCCAGUGCUUCGGUCAGCCUCAAAUGACAAAUUGUGACAUUACAUCGUCAUGCAAGGUUCUUAUCACUCCGCAUUGAUCUGGGGGGGG